CUUGUUGCUCUCGGUACGUCGAGGGGAUCGUACAUCGCCGUGUGUUCCGUUGGCUGACUGGCACCGAACGGACGAUAGGGACAUGGAUAGAUAGAUGGGCCUUCGGGCUGGGCACAUCGAUAGUCGGUAGUCAGCAGUAACAGCAGCAGCAGCAGUUGUAGCAGACAGAAACGAGAACAAGAUUACAACGACCAAAACGCUGUGUUCUAGUUCUAAACUCGACUAUAGGGAACUGUGUGCAAACGUGUAUGUGAAGUGUGUCUGCAUCAGAAAUAGCUCGACGAGGUUGUGUGAAGAAAUUGGAGAACUCCAGCUUCCGGGCAGGACAACUUUCGAAAUGUGAAAAUAUUUGUAUCAUUUGGUCGCAAUAGCGCGAUGUCAGCGAGAACAGGACUGAAAUGUGCUGAAACAUGAGUUAAUCUCCAGCAAAGCAGAACCGUCCUACAUCUAAUGAAAUAAAAAACGAAAAAUAGCAACGACAGCAGAAGUAGUCUGUCGCAGUCAGUGUGUUAAACGUUCAAAAUGAGUCUGCCUUUAGCUGGGCAGCACAGAUUCGGUGGAUAAUUGAAUUGAAAAUUGAAAUUUCGCGCAUAGAGAGAGUGAGCCCAAUGACUGGUCCACCAGCAUUCGAUUUCUGUGGCCAAUUUGCUGCUUCAGAGUUGCUGCGAGAGAAAGUGAAAAGAAGUGCAUUGGAUUUUGCUGCGGAGCGUAUAGUGAGACGAACUUGAAGGAGAACAACGCCUUCCAACUCAGCGCCAUCGUUCCAUAUUUUGGCUCGGGAUCUGCUAGGGAGACCGAAAAAAAUGGCUCACUUCUCCAUCUCGGAAAUGCCGGACAUGAAAGUGACGGAUACGUUCCCGAAGAGCGGCCGUGUCACCGAAGUUUGCAAGGAGUGGCUCGUUAGAGAAGAUAGCGCCUUAGCUUACCAGCUACAGAAUAAAGAAAUCUCCGAGCACUACAAAGGAAACAAGCAUCGGAACCAAAUCGUUCGGCAAGACUUUCCAACUGCCUUGUCCGAGCAAAUCCGGGAGAAGGAAGAUGCCGAACGACAGGCUGCGUUGUACCACCAAAUGAUCAACGAGCAGGAAGAAAUGGAUGCCAAAGUAGCACGCGACAUUGCUCAACAGUUGAAACGAGAAACCGAAGUGAAGCGCCGACUGGAAGCAGAGAAAGGUGAAAUGUUGGCUCGAAGGCUGCAGGAACAGGCAUCGAUCGGUGGGGCUAGAAGAGCCCAUCGAUCGGCCGAGCCCGAACUCGCUUUUCCACUUCCACCGAGAAACCAUCCGAAACCUGUAUCACAUCAACAGCAACAUCAAGUACCUGCAAGACCUCCCUCCAUCCAUCAUGCGUCUCCUUACAUCGCCCACUCACCACCUGGACCACCAACUUCCUCCGCCAUCGACUCAGCAGAUCUGCACUAUGCAUCACUCGAACUAAACUCACCGAAGCGACCUCCUCCGCACUCGAUGUUUCAGAAUGGUCGAAACCCUUCGGCGAAUAUUUACCAGGAAAUCUCACACAACCCACCAUCGAACUACAAUCGUUACGAUGAAGAUGAAGAUGGCUACACCAACAUAAAUCUCCACUCGCAUACCCCGGAAAAAAAGCAACCUCCCUUCACCAACAACCCCCGGAACGGUUCAUCAUCCGUAGACAUUGUAGACAGUAUCCGGCAGUACGACAUACCCUAUGACGGCGACUACACCUAUCAACUACCACCUCCUCCCUCGUUGAACGACAUCACCGGUCAUAGUCAACGGUUUUCCAACCAAAGGAACAGCCAUCCAUCCGAAGCGUUCAAGUACAAUAACAAUGUCACAACUGAGGACGACUUCCAGAACAACUCUAACUUCAACAAAAUAUCCCCGGAGAAAAUAGUUAGUCCUCCAUCCUUGGGGGGUGCGCUAGCCGGAGCUUACGGUGGACCCAGCCGAAAUUCGCGAGCGUCGGCCAUCAAUUACAACGUUUACGAUGACGACGACAUCGACGAAGCCCUUGCUCAACCACUGCCAUCCAAUCACACCCCGCAGCUGAAUCAGAUAGGGCUACCGCCAAUGGGUGCGGAUCUGGUAUCACCAUCGAGCACUGGGGCCAGCUCAAAGUAUCACAGUAAUGCAAGCCAAACAUCGCAUCACCACCACCAUCACCAAAAUCCGCAUCUUUAUCAGAAUCAUCAUCCACAUCACGCCCAACAACUUCAGCAACAGCAGCAGCAGCAAGAACAGCAACAGCAAGCUGCAGCCCACCAUAGUCAAGCUCGGGGGAUAUCUCCCUCACACUCCAAAAGCGGAAGCUAUGAGAAGGCUGAUCGGAUACGGGCGCUGAAGGAAAUUGGAUUGCCACCGGAGGAGAUACAGGAAAUCGACAUGAGGCUAGAGCAGGAGUUGAAGGACGAGGAACUCGCCCGCAAGCUGCAAGAGCAAGAGGCUGAUGAACUAGACCAAGAGGUAAUUGAUCGCCGCGUGGCCAUGGAAGCUCAAGACAAAGAGCUCGCCAAGAUGCUUCAGGAGCGCGAAAGAGCCAAAGCUAAACGAGCCCGAGAAAAGGCUCGUCUCAAAAAGGAAAUGCAACGACAACAACAGCAACUCCAGGAUUCUGGGGACGCGGAAGACACCAUUGGUGAGGGUAGUUCCUCAGCCCAACCGAUCGGUGAUCAACAGCCUGGGUCGCUGGAACCAGACAUCGGGGAUCCGGACGACGGAGACUCGUACUCUAAUCCGAUCGAUAUGUUGCAACAAUCGCAAACCGUUGGUGCUAUGGGGAAUUCCGGAGGAAGUGUCGGAAGUGCUAAACGAUACUAUGGAGCUCCAACUCAUUCGCCAGAACACAGCAGUGGUGCAAUUCACAAAGCACAGGGAAGCAUUUCGUCACAUGGGUCAGGAUCGGGCAGUCAUUAUGUGAAUUCUCAAGUUUCACCUAACGACGAUAGCUAUUCGAACCCGAUCGAUAUGAUCCGACAGCAGAAAUCUACACCAAAUCUAAAACUAUCUGCCAAUGUCCAAAGGCUAGUGGAGAACGGUAGGAAAGAGGACGACAUAUACGUGCUGCCAGUUUCCGAUGGAAAUGGUGAUAAUCGAAGCCCGCAAAGACCAAGUCAUCUGGAUGUCAGAGGAGUCGUUAACCGUACAUCACCUGGAUCGAGAAAUCCAUACAACGACGAAAACAUCGCGACCAAAAUCGAUCCUACGUUCAACACCUCCGGAAGCAGUCCGAUGAACACAAAUUCGAUGACUGCUUCAACACUGUCCUCUCCACCAGAUAUCCUGGAGUUCUCCGAUCCCGGCUCAUCUAGUCCAGUGCCACCGUACAUGCCGAUACAAGGCACGCGGCGAAACACCUCAGCCGACAAUAAGAAACGAAAAUCAAAAGAACGCUGUGCUCAACAGUAGAACGUAGGAAAAGCACUGCAACGGGGUUUUCCAUUUGUACUGUUUUAUUGUUACUUACUAUUAAAUAGGCGCACGUACGCUAAUCUACUCACGCAUCAUCGGAACGGUAUGCUAGUUAUACUCUGAAUUGAUAUGAAGUCUAUCUAUGAGUACAUUUGUUAUAAGUGUCUAUGGGACAAUAACCCACUACAAGCAAAAGCGACGGGCAGCUCAAGGAGAAAGUUGAAUAUCGCUAUUUAUUAUGUUAUUGGAUGAAAAACAUUGAUACGAAACUAGGGACUUUGCUCUAAAAUGAAGUUAUCAAAAGUAAGCACAAUGCAUGCAUACAAUAUUGUGAUUGAAGGUCACGCUAUUCUGCUUGAUAUUGGUGAGUUAGUUAUACCUACAUUUUGUACAAUUAUUUAUCUAUCUUUGUGAAAUAAAAUGCAUUUUAUUUAUUUUAUAA